GCGACCCCAAGAUCACCACCAAACAAACCCGCAGUUGACCCUUUCCUUUCCUCAAUCAAACCCCACACAACCACUUCGGGCUCAAUUCUCUCACACCAUCAACAAUGGCAACCGCUCCCAAGAUGACGCCCGAGGAGACGCUGGCGCACGUGCAAACCGUCAGCGCGACCCAGCGCGCCAACAGCCCCAUCUACGCCCACCUCCUGGCGGACGUGACCAUCACCGCCGCCACCGAGGGCCACCUGCUGGCGACCCUCCGCAUCGCCCAGCCCCACAUCAACUCCAAGGGCGGGCUGCACGGGACCAUGUCCGCGUGCCUGGUCGACUGGGCCGCGGGCAUGGUCAUCGCCACCUACGGCGGCAGCUACACGGGGGUGAGCACGGAUCUGCAUGUCUCGUACGUGGCGUCCGCCCGGGAGGGGGAGACGCUGGAGGUGACCGGGCGGGCGAUGAAGGUCGGCGGGACGAUGGCGUACGUCUCGGUGGAGAUCUGUAAGGUGGUGCCGGAUG